GCAGUUCAUCAUAUCUUCAAUAUUACGGACAGGAUCUUGUUUAAAAUAAUUACCUUUUCUUAAAAUGACAUUCUGUGCAUGGUCACAGUCUCAUUUAAUCAUAAAACUAGGGAUGGAAAGAGCUAUUUGGGUCAUGUAAUCUAGGAGCUAUGUUGCUUUGUUACACAGCACAGACAACCUUUACAACAAGACGGCUGAGCAGCGUCAGGAUCUCCACAUGAUGGAAGACCAUUCGGUGAGCCAAGCUAAGCAGAUCCCAUCAGGCUAUCCCCUGCAGAUACCUGUUGACGAUGGAUCAGAUGAGCCCAUAUCCGAGGCCUCUGACGCCAAGAGCACUCCAACUACAGAAGAUGCCACAGCGCCCUUAGUGGAAGAGAGAGCACAUGAAGAUCGCAUUGCAGCUCGGCAGCACAUGGAGAUCCCUGAAGGAACUACAGCUGAAGAAGCAGGUGUGGGAGCUACUCCGAACCUCGAGGACCAGGCUGCAGGAGAUCGUGCUCAAGAGGAGCUGAGCUCCCCAAGGCCAUGGGAGAGAGUGGAACUUGGAAGUCAGGAGCAUGCGGCAAGGGAGAUUCAGCCAGAAAAACAAUCAGCUCAUAUUGACAGUAAAGACAAAGAUGGAACUGGUACUGAAGAAAAAAAGCCUAAGACAUCCACACCUUCCUCUGCCAAACCCCUGAAAGAUAGAUCCUCCAUUACCCCCCAGCGACCCUCCUCUGUUAGUACAGCCCCUUUGAAAAGUCCCUCCAGCCCUGCUGAGUCCUCAGCAUCAGCUUGCACUCCUAAACGCGUCUCUUCUGUCACAUCCCGACCUGCCAGUACAGGAGCGAAAGAAAUGAAGCCCAAGGGUCCGGAGACGAAAAGCGGAAUGAAGAUGGCCGCUCCCAGGUCUGCAGCGCAGACUCAGAAAAGCCCAGCCAAUGCUUCCCGGAUCCCAGCAAAAACACCCACGGCCCCCAAGACACCUCCCAAUGCUGCAGGCAGGAAGGAACAGAGAAAGCCACCCUCCACAGCAGCAAAAUCUGAGAAAGGGGAGCCAACCAGGUCUGGAGACAGAAGUGGUUACAGCAGCCCAGGCUCCCCCGGGACCCCCGGCAGCCGUUCCCGCACGCCCUCCCUGCCAACUCCCCCUACCCGGGAGCCGAAGAAGGUGGCAGUGGUCCGCACGCCACCGAAAUCCCCUGCUUCUGCCAAGAGCCGCCUCCAGACGUCGACCGCUCCCAUGCCCGACCUGAAAAACGUCCGGUCCAAGAUUGGCUCCACUGAAAACCUGAAGCACCAGCCAGGAGGUGGAAAGGUGCAGAUAAUUAAUAAGAAGCUGGACCUUAGCAACAUUCAAUCCAAGUGUGGCUCAAAGGAUAAUCUCAAACACAAUCCGGGAGGAGGCAGUGUGCAAAUUGUUUACAAGCCUGUAGAUCUGAGCCAUGUGACCUCCAAAUGUGGUUCCUUGGUCAACAUUCAUCAUAAACCAGGCGGCGGCCAGGUGGAGGUGAAAUCGGAGAAACUGGACUUCAAAGAGAAGGUGCAAUCGAAAAUUGGGUCACUAGACAACAUCAGCCACAUGCCUGGAGGAGGGAAUAGAAAGAUCGAGUCUCACAAGCUGACUUUCCGCGAGAAUGCCAAAGCCAAGACUGACCACGGAGCCGAAAUCGUCUACAAGUCCCCCACCGUCUCCGGAGAUGCCUCCCCCCGUCGCCUUAGCAACGUCUCCUCCACUGGCAGCAUCAACAUGGUGGACUCCCCCCAGCUUGCCACACUAGCUGACGAAGUGUCUGCGUCCCUGGCCAAGCAGGGCUUGUGAUCGCCUGGCCGUGGGCGGAGAGAAGAAAAAUAAAUCUGGCCUUCUCCCUCUGUUCCUUUUACAACUAC